AUGCGUGCCACGACCACCAUUAUCGCUGCCGCUGCUAUUGCUGCGCCCCUUCUGGUUAGUGCCACCCCUUCCCCAUCCCAUGCCGGCCUAUAUGCGCGCGAGGAGUUCGCACCGUAUGUGUCGGCCCGCGACGUGCAUGAUGCGGCCGCCAUAUUCCGCCGUGGCGGCGCGGCGAGUAAGCUUCAGCAGCUUGUACAGACUCCUUUGAGUCAGGAUGGUCGUAAGAAUGGGGAGGAGGACGACGACGACUAG